AUGUGUAAAUGCAGAGCUCUAAUUUUUAUUUUAGAUGUAUGUAAUUUAAACACAAUAUUAAUAAAUUAUAUUAAUAUCAAUAUCUUUCAUACAUGUUCCACUCUCUGCACAAAGCUCAGCUUUAUGUAUAUGUGAGACCGUCGCGCUAUGCUUCUCAGCGGAAAGAAGCCAGAGAUGGAGACGAAGGACCGAACUGCAUCCUUCCCCUCAAACUACGUGAGUCUUAAGCAACUCCAGGAGCUGAGGCUCAAAGAGAGGCAAGAAGAAAAAGAUAGGCUUCGCAGGCAAGGAGAAGAAGAAGAGAGGCUCCACAGGCAAAAAGAUAAAAAGGAGAGGCUCGGAAAGUUCGAGGAGAAGGAGGUGGAGGAGCGGGGGCGGCCGUGGCGGAGGAUCGGGGAAAAAGCCGCGCUCCAGAACCCCCGAGCAAACCCUAGAUCGAACGCGCCCAUUCGCCGGAAGUGGUGGAGGAACGGCUCUGGACGGCCGAUCUCCGGCCCAUCCCCGAAUCCUGAGGCAGACGAUGCGGCGGAGGCCGUCGGCGGGUCCAAUCGGUACCCUCCGGGCAGCGGCCAUUGGAGGGAGAAACAACCAGUGGAAACGGAUCGAACGAUGAAGAAUGAGCGAGCGUACGGCGACAAUAACGAUGGCACAGCGACGGACACAGGGGAGGUCAGCGGAUCCGAGAAGAUCGCCCCGGAGCCGUCUCCGCAAAAGCCCGAAGGCGGCGUGAAGGGGAGGGCCCGGGGGGCUUCUCGACCGAAGCACGAGUUCCGGCCGGCGAGGGUUAUCGGAGGUGGACUGGAACGGAAGAUGGAGAUCGAGAGGCGAUUUGGGGAUCUGGGAAUCAACGGCAGGGCUGAGAAGCCGGCGGCAGCAGCGGAGAGGAGGCCAGUAGCGGCGAGGAGGGGCGGCGGUUUCGGAAUUACCAGCGGUAGAAGGCGGUGGCAUACGGACGCCGGCGGCGGUAUGAUGUGGGUCAGGAAGACGACAAGCUCUUAACCGGUUCCAACGUGGGAAGGGAGAGCCGCAGGAAACCAGUUGACUUGUUCCAGCUGUUGGACAGAGAGAGAGAAAAAGGGAAAACAAUAUAGAAAGCAGAACAGAACAGAACGAAUGAUCAAGAACUCCUCAAAUUAGAGUGUCUUUAAGCAUCAGCCUGCAAAAUCCGAGAGAAAUCAAACGGCAGAAGGACCAAAAUACUGAUUAGAAAGAAAAUAGCAUUCAGAAUUUUUAUGUCUUUUAUAUAAACAUUUUUAUUAAUUAAGAUCACAGAUGUUGUAUGUGGGAUGUGAUAAAAGUUGUGUGAGAUGCUUUUGCAGGAAACUGCUAUUUGGCUUUGAAUAGAGAGGAUCUGUUCUUCCA